AUGUGUCGCGUCGUACUACUCGACCAGACCCAGUACGUCAACCAUCAAUUGGGAGCGGGGCUCCCAAGAAUCCCAGGACGGGGGAUAGCCGCGCCACCGGACGAGGGUAACUCGUCCGACGUCCGUUCACGUCGCGGUGGUUCAACAGCUGCUCUACUAGAUAGCGCUGGCCACCGCGAGAGUCCUCUAAUGGAGGUGGAGGAGGAGGAAAGACGCUCUCCACACGAUCAUGUGGAUCGGUGUGUUCCCGAGAGCUUCUUUGAUCGCGUAACGCAAGGGUUACGCGACGAUCUCGAGCAUGAGCGGAAUAGGCGUCUCCAGAUGGUGGACACUGCCUCGAAGCAUCGAGCUGAGUUUGCCUUUGCUCAGCUUGAGAACGAGAGAUCUCUGACAUCUCUUCGUGACGAGCUAAGGGUAGCUCGUGGGAUUGUUGAUCGGUCUCGGGCUGAGAUAACUGCUCUUCAGACCCUUGUUGAUGCCCACCAUCGGGAGCACAAGGCUCUCUGCGAGAUGCUUGAGCGCAAGGGCGUUCUUCAUCGGAAGAAGCAGCGUACUGAUGGUACGGCUUAA